CGCGUUGCCAUAUUAGGAAAGUUGAAAUCCCUACACUUGUCAGUAUUCUGUCUUUUGUUGUUGGUAAACAUUGAACAGCUGUGUUUUUGACGUUUUUUGGAGAAUUUUCGAAAUUUUCGUGUCUUUUUCAAAAAAAUUAGCUGAUCCGCAAUGAGCAGCGACGAUAAAAAACUGGGGGCUUCGGACCCCAAAGACACCGGGACUGGGCCCCGAAUUCGGACGCAGAGCGAGUGUUCGGUGACAAGCGACGAUGGGGCCCAAUCUAGCUCAGGCAAACGGCAAAGGACGACGUCUGCCCAGUUCAUGGUCUCCUCGGGCCUGACAUCGGCGUCGCCCCCUAAAUUCGUGUCUCUGGAAGAGAUAAUGCAGGCAGCAAAUGGGAUGCGAGACAUGGCCCUGGUGCACCAAAUCGUCGUUGACGACGAUUUCAAGUUGCAAAAAGUUGAGCCUGAGCCCAACACUUUGCACAAAAUGGUAAAUGAUACCAUGCGUAAGGCCUUUUGGGACUUGCUCCGGAACGAACUCGCCGAAGAUCCGCCGAAUUACACGCAGGCCCUGGUUCUUUUGGAGGAUAUCAAGAAAGGAUUAUUUGCAGUCCUGCUUCCGCAACACACAAAAAUCAAGCAACAAAUUUCCGAGAUUUUGGACAGCGAACUGAUUAAGCAACAGGCGGAAAAUGGGGCCUUGGACUUUGGGCAUUAUGCCCACUACGUAAUUUCUGUGAUGGCCAAAUUAUGUGCACCAGUCAGGGACGAAAAAAUCAAGGAGCUGACACAGACAACGGAUGUCAUUGAUACGUUCAAGGGGAUAUUAGAGACUCUAGAUCUAAUGAAGUUGGAUAUGGCGAAUUUCACCUUACAAAUGGUUCGUCCUGACAUAAUCGCGCACAGCGUGGAAUUGGAGCGCAAAAAGUUCGCCGAUUUCCUGGCCGUGCAAAGCGACGGUCUCGAGCGCACCAAGAAGUGGCUUCUGAAGCACGUGGACACCUCAGAAGUGCCCCCUGCCAACUCGGCUUCGUACGAUUCGUUCGUAAAAACGGCCGUGAAAAAAGCAUCCUGGGACGCUUUCAUUGAUUUGAUGGACUGGGACGAGAACGAGCCUUAUCCGGAGACUUUCUUGAUCGAUGAGGCGCGCUUGAGGGACUUGCAAGUGAAAACGAAUCGAUUGACCGCAAUCGGGACCAUUUUACUGGUGACUUUAAGCCAUGCAGGUCCGGACUUGCAAUCAAUUGCAGAGUUUAAAGCUUCCCUCAAAGACCACAUUUCAAUUCUGCUCCAAUCUAUUCAAAAUGACAAGGAUCUGAAACAAGUCUUGCCGAAUGUGGCCGAGCAGGUGAUCUGUGAUGUUAAAGAGGCGCAGAAGAAGUACAAUUUUAGCGGGAUGAAUGAUGUGAGUGAGACGGUUUUGAGGCAGCAAAUUGAACAAAUCAGCAAUGAGGAGCACAAGAUACGAUCACUAGUUCGUCAACGGAUUAAGGAAUUUUUCAUGGAUAUAAUCGAGUCUUCGACGGCAGCGCCGCAAAAAGUGCCUACAGGAUUGAGUUCUCUUCAAAGGGAGUUGGCAGCUAUUGCAGGGCAAUUUCUAAGGAUCGUCUCACACAAUAACACCGUUUUCUGCAUUUACUAUUACGACAUUGUAGCGGCAGCAUUACCUAAACCAGCUUAAUUAAACCAAUUUCGCAUUCUCUAUUUCAAUUUUUUUAGGAUUAAUUUACUUAAACUGAGUGGAAACUGUUGUGAUACGUUUGUAGUCAACUCAGCCACAAAGUGGUAGUGGGGUUUUGUUCUAAAAGCGCAAAUCUACUAACCAAGUAGCCAAAAAGUUCAUUAUUUGUAUGUGAUACUGACCUUUGUAGCAAGCUUUCGAAUAAAUUUCUGGUUACUGUUUUAAGUUGCAAAUUCAACGUCAAUGUUGCCAACUUAAUUUCAUAACCACAGGUCAUUUUAAUCAGAAAUUUAUUUACAAGCCUCUGGUGUAUCUAAAACCGUAGACUAGAUUUUUUAACAAGUAAAAGCCUGUGAACGCAACGCAGUAAAUAAAUUAUUAUUCCAAAGCUGUUUUUUCUUUAAUAAAGACGUAAAAGGUUGGCUUUAAAUUAUCACAUAAAAAGCUUUUAUUACCGACUAUAAUUGUUCUUUUCACAUUACUUUACUCAAUCAGUUUUAUAUAACUAAUUAAAAAAUGCUUACAUUCACACGUUUUUUAUUACGUUUUAAUAUAAUCUUGUUACAGUCUUUUAAUAUGUAGCUGGUUCCUGGCUGUAUGGGACCCACCAUAAACACUUAAUUUUACCAGAACUUCCAAGUCUAGUGUGUAGAGCAUUGUUCACAUUUAUUUACGCAAAAACUGAAAAAAUCGUAAACAAACACAAUCAUUUUACACAAAAAUUUUACAUAAUGUAUACAGCACCUACGACAUUUACACGCUUUAAUCCUAAGCAAAAACAUUUGUAUUGCAAAUUUUUAAUAAAAACUAUUGCGAAAAUUGA